AUGUCUGAACGUAGCGACCACCAGGAAUUCUAUGACGACCUCGGUCAGUGGAUCGAAACGCAGCGGAAAAAUUACUCCAAUCUGACUACCCUUCUUAAUGAAAAGGCCCGAGCUUAUUGGUCAGCACCGCCUUUCCCUCCUUUGGGUUCGACAGCACCCACUGUCCAGGCCUCUGUUGAACACGUCAACGCCCUCCAGCGACCUCCAAGAGCCCCCUUACAGAGGUGUAAGUUCUUACAGUGUUUGUGUAUUGACACGUCUCCUCGGCAUAUGCCGCGUCCCCCAAUUACUUUAAAUUUUAAACUUUCUCUCUCACAGUUAUGGUCAAGACUUAACAUUUUCCAAAGUUCAGUGCCCGCUGCUUUUCUGCGGGAAUCCUCACUGUGUGUUCGGGUUUAUCAUAACAGGGUCUAUCGUCGGAGGGUAAAGACCAGAUGUGACUGACUGCUGGAGUCAAUUUUGUGAGAUUCCCUUUGAAUAUAUGAUGCACCUUCGGAGGGCAAACCUAGGCUUAACUUUUAAGCACUGUUCUUGAUGUCCUCCCGUCGCAUUUCGUGUGACAGGUCGCCGUCUCUUGUAGCGGCUCGUUGGAAUCGACAGUUGUGUUAUUACUUCUGCACAGACGUGCGCCACAUACCUAGUAACGUCCCUCCUCCCCAAAUUGGUCGUGAGCUAGUACGGCGAAAAACGAAAUAUCUACAGUGAACAGUAAGAUGUGCGAUUGGUACUCGGUUCAUGUUGGGUGGGCACUUGAAACAAAUCUGACUAACAGAAUUUUGAAAAGGUUCCAAAUUCGAAUUGUAAGGUUUGAGGCUACUAUUGGUCCCCUAGGAGAAAGGAAAUCUCAGCAAGGCCGCAGUAUACAGCCCCACUCAGAGAACGAAAACCAGGCCGUCGUGGCAUAUUGCGUCCUCGCCUUCUUCUUUGCAAUUGACACUUCCGCGCUCAUGUAACUAGAUGAAAUGUACUCUACACCUUUGUGAAAACAAACCGGAAGAACUGCGAAGAAUGCUCAACUUUUGCGUGCACUGUCAGAUGCCUUUGUAUCUUUAUCAUUCCUCGGGGAUCGGGUUCUUUGGACGUGUGCUGUUUUACAAGUAGCUGCGCUGCGUUUAUUCCACUCUGCUGAUCCUCGUUACCCUAUCGGAAAUUCCAUCUUCGUUACAGACGAUAUCCACCGUGCGUCUCACAGCAAAGUAGUCGCAAGAGGUAUACUAUGAACCAAGAGAGAAGGAUUAGAAUGACUACCGCUGGCCUAGUUAUUCAUAGUUUAACCGAAAACCAGUUGCUUGGAAUGUUAACAUGCGACAGAUCGUUUUUCCAGCUUUUAUUUUGGCGAAAUCCCCUCCUUAGACCCACGUUAUGUUCCCUGCGGUCAUUUUCGUUGGCGACCAGACUUCAGUCUAAAAACAUUCACCUUAAAUUCUGGUCAAGGACGCAGUAUGCGACCCCAUUCAAGGAAGAAAAACCAGGUCAUGUCAUAUUGCGUCCUCGCCUUUUUUUAUAGUGGACGCUUACGCGCUAUCGCAACAGGACAGAAUGUUACCUACGUCUUUCGUGAAAAAAAACUGCGAAAAAUGCUCAACUUUUGCUUGCACUGCCAGAUGUUUUGGUACCCUCGACGCUUCUCAGGGAUAAAGUUCCUGGAACGUGCGCUCAUUUGCAAUUAGCUGUAGAGAAACUUAGUUCGAGGACACAAUAUGCCGCCUCAACAUUUAUCCGAAUGCUUACCAGAUAUCGCGCUCUCCUUUCGGCCUUUUACCCCUGUCCAUAAAACUCGUAUUACACGAUGACCUGGUUCUGUUCCCUGAGUGUGGUUGCAUACUGCGUCCUUGCCGAGAUCUCACUUCUAUAUUGGUCGCGGGGUCCGUUCGAAAUUCCGCACUGUGCAUAUUAAUAUGAAGCGCCACAAUUUUCCCAUCACACAGGGUCCAACGAGUUCCAACAGACGUUACUACAGGGACGUUUUGAGCGUCACUGUUGCUGCUCGAGGCUGGGACGUUGUUGCCUUGGGUGCAAAACCAAGCAUAUCCUCCUCUUCCACAAGAUCUCAGAAACGUCAUGAGACCCAUUUCAGCAGAACUCACUUGUUAUCUGAUAUUUUUACUGCUUUUCUGUCUAAUUGGCGCCAAAUUGCUAGACUUUGUUCACAAGAUUUAGGCCAAUACGUGCUACUCCUGAACUUCCAGCAACUUAAAUUGCAGAUCUCGACGGAAAAGUAAGCAUAAAAGGAGUAGGUCGGAAAGAACGAAGGCACCUAACUUUUAGGUGGACGUAAGGACCGAUUUUAUCAUUUGUCUAUUCGUCUAUAUGCUUCAUCCCGCUUUUUUCCCAGAUCGGCGCUUUCGAUUGGCCCCGCUUCACUCACGUCUGCUUGCGGAAGCCGUAGACCUCGUGCUAAUGUAUCUGCUUAAAAUCACGCUUUUGCGCCUCGUAGGCGGUCAGGGACUGUUUUCGUAAGCCCUCCCCUUUGCCAUGUAUACGACUGUUUAGUCAGACAAUUUAUUGGAUUUCUGCCCUACGACAUACUGAACAGCCUGCCUGGCUAUCGUUUCAUGCGCAUUUUCUACUCGUGGGCCUUUAUUGCUACGCCCGAGGAUGAUCUGGACUUCUACAUACAGCUGCUCAAGACCUACGAGGAGUUUAUCCGACCUCUUCAAAGCGAUGCACUACUGCUGUCUAACGUCCUGUGGCUCUUCCUACGAGUGGUCUGUGAGGUAGGUUUAUUUUCUACAGCUGAGGUAUACUUUUAAAGACUCAAGUCCGAAGUCGGACCGUGCACAUACAAAUUGAGGAUUUCAAAAUUGCGAAAACCACUCGAUGAGCACUCACCCAGAACUGUGUUUCUCCCACCCUAGGGGUAUAGAUGCGCCUCCGUUUUGAGGGAGUUCCUCUUAGUAUUGACUGGCCAGCUUGGGCGAAUUUUUCUGUUUUUUGCUCUUGUGAAGUCUGAUUAUUCAAAUGUCGCACUUCGUCACUUGGCACUUAGCCCUUUUUACUUUCACGCUUGCCUGGACUUUCAUAGAGUUGAUUGGGUGCUGUACGCUAAGCGCAUCGCGGACGAUCGCCUCCCGUCGCAGUCGUUAAACUGCGACAUCCGGACUGCAUUGGUUUGUUUAGCGUGCCACAGAUGCCUCAGAGGUCAUCAUUCACUAACUUCACUCACGCCACCUGGACGUAGCCGCAAGCUGAAACCGUAUUUGGGCCAGAUGCCAUCACAGAGGACGUCAAUGUUCGGUUCAGCAAGGCAUACGUCAAGUCCCCUGGACUUUCAAACUACUGUAUUUUCGUCCCUUAUGGGCCACCACCACCACCACCACCACCACCACCACCACCAACACCAACACCAACACCAACACCAACACCAACACCAACACCAACACCAACACCAACACCAACACCAACACCAACACCAACACCACCAAAGAGACCAAUUCAACUAGUUAGGUGCGACUACAAUCCAUUCAGUAAUUCCACCGCUAGUGCAUGGGAAUUGGGCUAAAUUCCAAGUGGGCUAGAGUUGGGGUUGAACUAGGGGGAGUAGGAUAUUUGUCCCCGUAUCGAACCCUUCCAGCCUCUGCCAUUGCAUCUUUAUUGGCUCGGCUGGCGACGUCAGAUCCCUAACAAUCUCUGAGUUGCUGCAUGCAUAGUAAACUUUCUGCCAUUUUCAUUUACACACGCCCGUAUGCAUCAUUAGUGGUCAGACGCCCCCCCCCCCUCCCCUAGGUUGGUUAAGUUAGAAAGCCCAGAAACGACUUACGUCUACAGACGCAUUCUUUUUCUUGCCCCAGAUUUUCCUGCUCAGUCAUCCUUUGCUCGGAUUCGGCCCUGGCGGCUGCACGAUUGGAAAGUAUCUCUUCAACCUUCGGGUUGUAUCCUGCCGUAGCCUGAUUCGCCUGCCGGAUGCAGUUGAGGUUUCACCCGCCGGAGACCCGGGCCUACUAAGGUGAGUUGUUGUACACUAGCUGUGCAUAGCUUAGUUUAACAGUUUUACAACCCCACUUAAUUAAUCUUUUCGAAAAGAAAACGCAUUUCGGCUGGCAUUUCAUGAUUUAGCCCAUCUACUGUACAUACUGGCAUAUAACUGAGGCCUUCAACUACAACCGACCAAGUUUUUUGCCUGUAAAAUCUCACAACGCUCAUCAUUGAUUGCACAGGUCGUUCCUGCGGGCUAUGUUAAAGAAUUCCAGCGUAAUUCUCAUCUCCUCGGUCCUACAACUUUUCCUCACCGGCGAUCAAAUCUUCUGCUAUGACAUUGUCGCCUGCACGGUUGUGGUUGAGAUCUCCGACGACGAGGCCAACGGCAUGGCCGAGUUCCAGUAACCAACCCCCCCCCCUCUGGCCAGCUUUCAACGCCUACGCUCCGCGUAAGUUUCAUGCAAUCAGCCACCAAGCGUUAAAAGCUCCCCGAUGUUUUGAGCAAGACAACAUUACCACGGGCGAUCGGCUGCCUGCUGUCGCGUCGGUCCUGUAAAGAAGACUAGUUGGUGCGCGUACGUUUACGUUCAGUGAAUUCUCGUCAGGUAUGGCCGGAAAAAGGCGAAACUCGAAGCAUAAGCAGCGCCAUUCUCGCGCAUGUCGUUGAUUACAAACAGUAUAUGGACCCCGGUGAAGAUUCUCUCGAGUUAACCUUAGCUGCUGGGCCAGCGUCUGUUAGCAACAGCAGAAGCAGCCGCAACCAACUUGCGAAAACCGGCCUCGUGCGCUCAGAAGAAUCUCGUCCAGGCUCCGCGCUUACCUUGCUCCCACCCCAAAUGUGUUUUUAAAACGAACUUUAAUCUAAUUUUUUUAGUCACUGACAUGUUUCACGGGACGCGUUUCUCAUGGAAAUGUACUGGCCUGACGAGGAUUUAUUGAGAGUAAGUGUAUGCUCGCCAACUAGUCCUCCGAAUACUGUCAUUAAGAUUUUCCCGACUAAAACAGGUCAGAAAAAUGUCCAAAUUUUUGUAUCACCAUAAAGUCUUCACUUUAAUUUCAACUCCGGGCACUGUUUUUGCAAAGCUAGCUUAAGUAACUUAUGCAUACUUUUAAGCUGACUGGGAUCGGCAUUUAUACGUCUUCUGUCCGUCAUAUCCAGGCCCCGGGCUUGAUAGACCGAAGUACAGACUUGAGUUUAUGAGCUACGUCCAUUUAAGCAAGGGGUGGGGACAGAUCUUUCGUCGGACACGGGGACUCCUAUCCCCCAUCUCCUAAUCUUAACUCUAGCCCCUCUGAAAUGCAGGGCAAGGCCAUUUGCAAUGCGGAGGGCCCAUAUUCCUGUGCCAAACCAAAUCUUUCAGCCAAACGAUAUUUGAGUCACCGAAACCGCGUAUCGGAGUCCUGGGCUCCGUACGCGCAUGAUGCCUCUGUUGCCAUCCAGCGAACGAACGAGGAAGUUCCAUAGCGCGGUCGGUGAACGCCUUCCUACCAUUGUAUGUUCCUGAUCGCAACCAACAGGACAACGAACCCCUGGCUCAGUGGUAAGUGGCGUUGCACUUCUAACUAACAGGUCGCGGGGUCGACCCCUGUGGUGUUUCACACUCCGAGGUUGGAUGUGACAGGCUGACGACGGCUAAUGAGCCAGAAAUUGCCAUUCCAGUGUCCUCGUUUGCCGCAACGAUUAUGGCGACCGCAAACCUAGCUUUUAGGCGAGCGACAACAACGGCAAUAAAAGUAUUGAGCCUCAGUCGUAGCCAUCCAGGAAGCCACAAAUGCAGCUGCGUAAUUGCGCUGUGUUGGCGAGUUGAAACGCACUGCGGUGGACCAGGUUGCUGAGUUACCGGAACACCAACGGGCGCUGAGAGCGAAUGGCAUCCGCCCAAUUUCCUAAACGAGACGAAAGACCAGGUAACAUUGGUCCCAAAUUUUGCCAAGAACGUCUCGGAAGCCGCUCGCACUUGGAGUUGUAUGCAGACCAGGGGCAACCAUCAGGAGCCGAGUCAUAAGACCUAAGGACCCAGUAAUACCGGACCUGGUGCAGUUGCGGACAGAAUAACUGCUGGUAAAGGUUUACCGGCACCGUUACAACUAGCAUGUGCCGUAAGUGGGUGUUGGUGAGUGCAGUUCUGAAAAACACCCUUGUAAUCACAAACCAGAUUAAUUCGUGCCUGUCCCAACAGUAGUCGCGAGUACCAGCUUGGAGGAAAUAUGGCCUGCUGUAGUAGGUGGAUGUGGGAUUGUGCUGAUCGGCGCUUUGUUAGAUGACAGGCAGCAUUCACCAUUUCGUAGUGCCGUUAAAGCUUGUGGACUUUUUAUAGGUAGAUGAUUGGUUACCUCGAUGCGCAGCUACGCCAAAAAGAUGGUGAUGCUGCCUCGUGUCUGCUCAUUCCGCUGUUAGCCUUAUCUGAAGACAGACUUCUUAUUUGUCAUCUAGGUUGACAGGUACACCCCGUCCUUCUGGGUUUCUGCCUGUUGCUUACACACAUGGGCGAUCCCGGUGUCAGUUUAGAAAUGAAUUUCCUUGCCUUGGCAGACAAAGAGGGGAAGUCAGGCUGCCGUUUGUUCGAAUAGGCUAUCGAUUAGAGCACACCUCGUGUCAACCGCCCGUCAAACCAUUCCGACGGUCCGUCCCUACAGACUCACUCAUGCACGUUACUUACGUUUUGCAAGUAGGCAGUUUUGCCUGAUAUUUUUGGUUACACGCCCUCAUGUCUUGCCAGUCCCCUAAACCCAUUUCAACGGCAGGCAUCUAGGGGAAGCUUACUUAGAAUCUAACCUCGUCACCAAGCACUUCGUGAAUGAAAAGUUCGUGUUCUUGGCUGUCCCUAUCCGCUUUUCUUUCAGGUAG